AUGAUGCGUGGAGCAGCUGGUUUGUGCAAAUUGCGUAUUUUCUUUUUUGUUGUUGUUCUUUUUCUUUCCACUAUCUUCACGGAUGAAAUUAGCUCUACUUUUCCGUGUGCAUUUUUGACAGUUAUGAGGGUUGCGGGCAGAGGCGCGGUGCCCGCGUCGGAGCUGACGGCGGGUACUCGAAUGGUGAUACGCGACAUUGAGGUGGAGAACUUCAAGUCCUACGCCGGUAAACAUUGCAUUGGGCCUUUUCACAAAACCUUUACGGCUGUUAUUGGUCCAAAUGGUUCAGGCAAAUCAAAUGUGAUUGAUGCCAUGUUGUUUGUUUUCGGCAGGAACGCCAAGAAGAUCCGCUUGGAGAGGCUCUCGGAACUCAUUCACAGCUCUGCCGCCCACCCCAAUCAGGCGUAUGCCUCCGUGACGGUGCACUUUGUGCGCCUCGCAGAGACACCAGAAAAUGAGGGGGAUCCGGAAUACCGUCAAGAGGUACCCGAAAGCCUCCUCUCCAUCAAGCGUGAGGUAUACAAGAGCGGUUCCUCGCAGUAUUUCAUUGACGGGGUAAAAACAACGCAACGGGAAGUGGUUGAGAAACUCAUUGCGGAGGGGGUGGACCUGGAGCACAACCGCUUCCUCAUCCUGCAGGGCGAGGUGGAGCAGAUUGCCCUCAUGAAGCCCAAGUCGGAGCGCGAGGGCGAGGAGGGUCUGCUUGAAUACCUCGACGACUUGAUCGGCACGAACAACUUUGCGGAGAGGAUAUCGCAGGCGUCAAAGGCUGCCGAGGCGGCGCAACAGACUCGCCUUGAGGCAUUGGAUCGUGAACGCAAGCUGCGGGCGGAGAGGGAGGCUUUAGAUGACGCCAAAGACUCCGCCAUUGCUUUUGUCACCAAAGACAAUCACCUGCAGAAGACAUUGAUUGUCAUGUGUCAGCUCCGCAUGCAGACAAUUGAAGAAAAGCUCGCCGAACCACGGCGGCUUUUAACGGAAAUUGACGAACGCAUUGCAUCCAUGAAGAAAACUGUCGAGACACACUCAAAAGAGAAGGCGAAGUUGGACGAGGAUCUUUUGAGACGAAAAAAGGAGCUUGCGGAGGCAACGAAAGAGAGAGAUACGGUGCGGCGAAAGAAGGAGACAGCCGAUGCGGAGGUGGAGCGCAUCAAGUCCGGUGCAGACGAACAGACGAAGGCACGGAAGAAGGCCCAGGAACAGUUGAAAAAGGCGAAGGAAGAAUUGCAGAAGGCCGAAUUACAGCAGCAAGACGCGGAUCGAGAGGUGAUCAUUCACCAGCAAAACUUUGAGGAAUCUACUCAGCGUGUGGAGAAACUGCAGAAGGAAUACGACAGCACAACGGAGGAGCUUGCCCAUGUCUUUGUGCCUCUCCGUCAAGAACUUGAAAAAACCAAGGCAGCCUUUGCCCCCUACGAGAAGGCAGUCGUGGAAGCCACAGAACAGCUUGACACUGCACGUAGUCGGUUGGCCUCACUUGACAAUGGAAGGCUAAUGACGCAGGAGCAGUUAAGAAAGAUUGAUGCUGCUACAGAACGUAAUAGAAAUCGUGUUGCAGAAAUAGAGGAACUGUUACAGGAUGCUAACAAGAAUCGCUACAAGGAGGAGUUGCAGCGCCUUCAAGAGAUGUUGGCCGGUGCCGCAGAACGAAAGCACAGUGUUAAUAAUGCCAUACAAGAGAUUAAGAAUGCAUACCGUGAAGGUGAAGCAGAUGAUCGCGCCAUGGAGUUUCUUCUCGCACAACGUUCUCUUAAAGGAUACUAUGGCACCCUACGUCAACUCGGUCGUAUUGCCGAUGAAUACGACAUUGCAGCAGGUGUGGCGAGUAAUGCAUGGGGGUUUCAUGUCGUGGAAGACCGUGAGACGGCCGUCGCGGCAUUGGAGUUGCUUCGCAAGAAUAACAUUGGUCGCGCCACAAUGAUGGUGUUAAAAGAGAUUGAACGCGAAGUGGGGGACCGCAUGAAUGCACCUUUCACGUCCCCGAGCCCAAAGGCCACACGUCUGUUUGACCACAUUGUGCCAACAAAUGCGCGCUUUCGUGUAGCGUUCUACCAGGCUGUGCGAGACACUCUUCUUGUGCGGGAUCUUGGUGAGGCACGGGAGGUGGCGUUUGGUAGUACGCAGCGUGCUCGUGUCGUAACGGUGCGUGGCGAGUUGGCGGAGCCUGGUGGCUCCAUCACGGGUGGUGGGAACACGCCGCGCGGGGCGAAGCUGAAGGCAGCACGCUCACCGCAGGACAAGGAGGCUGCACGAGUGGCACUACAGCGGCUCCAGGGGGAGUUGGUGGAGGCAGUCGAAGAGGAGCGUGCGGCACAGGAGCAGUUGCACAAAAUGCGACAGACUCAGCGGCACCUCAGCUCGGAGCAAAUUUCAAAGCUUCGAGUUGAGCUUGGAACACUGCGAGCCACUUUGGAGUCCGAUGCCAAGAAACGCACCGCCUUGCUUCAGGAGAUGGAAGAGAACUCAUCCGGGAGCCAAAGCAGGCGGGAGGCCAUUCUCGAGGAAGUGGACGAGGCCGAGAAGAGUCUGCAGGCCGCAAACAAGUCACGGCUUAAGCACCAAAGCGAUCUAGAGCGGAUUGAACAGGAGAUGGAUGCCGUGGGCGGUGCCGGUUACAAGGCACUCUGUGCAGAACUGAAGUUACAACAAGAACGCAGGGAGGCGGAAGAAAAUGCUAUUCGAGAAUGCCGCCGCCUGUCCCACCGACUUCAUGCAACACAACAACGUAAACAAAGUGAUAUUGCUGAGCUAGAGGAAGAGCUGAAGCGGAUCAACGAGGAAGCGGCUCAAGGGGCAUCUGGGGCGCUUGCUGCCGCCAUUGCAACCUCAGAGGAAUGGACGCGACGGUACAACGGCGCGAAUGCAAAGUUUGCAAAGGCUCAGUCGGACGUAGAGGAUGUGAAGACGGCGGUGCCUGUUGCCCACAAGGCCCUCAUCGAGGCGCAGAAGCUGCUAGAUGAUGAGGAGCGGUUCCGCCAGGUGGAAACUGCAAAGAUGGCCGAUGCGCUGCAGGAGUUGGCGAAGUUUGAGCAGAAGAUUGAAGGAUGUGAGGAAAAGAUGCGGGAAAACGCGGAGUUGUACGGCAUAGAAACGCUGCAGCUGGACGUCAAUUCAGGUACCGACGGGGAUGAAUCAAUCGAUGAAGAGGAGGAGAAAGAAGUAGAAAAUGAAGAAUACGAGGAAGAGGAAAGGACAAAACGAAGCAAAAAAAACAAGAAUCGCAACAACAACAGGAGGGCUGAGGAGGACGAGGAAGAAUUGCGUCGUCGGCCUGGAAAACAGCAGUCGAAUUGCAUCGAUCUGCGUAACAUGUCGUUCAGACUUUCACCUGAGGAACUGGCGCGAUGUGACUAUGAGCAUUCGGUGCGUCUGGCGAAGUCUCUCAGUGAAGAGACGAAACGAUUGCACAGUGAGAUUGACUUUCGUGCUGUCGCGCUGUGGCAUGAACGCGAUGCGGAGCACCGCAAGGGGAAAUCGCACUAUCUCAGCUGCAAGGAGGCAUCCGAUGCGGCGGAGCGGGGACUGCUGGAGCUGAAAGAAGAAAGACGCGGUCGGUUUAUGGAAUGUUUUGUGCGUGUACAGGAGCGACUGCGAGAGGUUUACCAGCUGUUAACUCACGGAGGAGACGCCGACUUGGAACUUGUUGAUGCGAAUGAUCCGUUUGAAGGGAUCCAUUUUGUUGUGCGUCCACCGAAGAAGUCAUGGAAGCAGAUAUCGAAUCUUUCCGGAGGGGAAAAGACACUCUCGAGCCUUGCACUUAUCUUUGCUCUGCAUGAUAUUAAGCCAACCCCUAUUUACGUCAUGGAUGAGAUUGAUGCCGCGUUAGACUUCCGUAACGUGUCUAUUGUUGCGAAUUAUUUACUUCGCCAAGCGAGCGGAGCGCAGUUCAUCAUUAUUUCACUACGCAACAACAUGUUUGAAAUGGCCCACCAGCUCGUCGGGGUGUGCAAAGUGAAGGAUGUCACCCGCACAUUGGUGUUGAUGCCGAGGGGAUUUCAGCGGAUGGUAGAGGCCGAACUACUGCGGCUACAAAGAAAGCGACAGGCGAGUGAUAUGGUCACGUUUUCCAACGGCGAUGGGGAAAUAUGCAGGGAUGAGGGAGGGGAUGAAGGCAACGAUGAGGCGGAGGGCGGCAACGACGCAAGGAACCAUACCGCCGAGGCGGCGAAUAACGGAAAGCGAGUAAAGAAAAAACGCCGUGCGUCAUGA